UGGUCACGCAGGGGGCGUAACCAACGGCUGUCUGUCGCAGCCAACAGAAGGAGACACACACACAGUCAGAAACAGUGCGGCAGUUUCCUCACAAGAGUUGAGUUUUUAUCCAACAAAACGGGUAUUUUAACACAACACGCAACCGCACCGAAGACACAAUGCCAUUUCUGCUGCAGACCAGGCAGAGAAAGAGUUAAUUGGCUUGACAGUGAGCAGUUGGAGAGAGAGAGUAAAGGGUGAGGAAGAGAGAGAGCAGGAAGAAGAGGAGAGGGCGAGGGCUGGCUGCAGUCUCUCUGCCUCGUGACGGCGUCUGCAGCGUCAGUUUGUUUACAUCCAUCGGCAGCAGACGUCCUCGGGUAGAUUGUGAACUCCUGCUACCCUGAUCAUCCUCACUGGAUCUGGAUCAGCUCACUUCCUCUUUUCCUUCAUCCCAUCAAUAGACUAGAGGACGACCUGCUUUGUGAAGCAGCCGUGGAUCUACGCAGAAAGAGGGGCACCUCACAUGGGAGUGUGUGACGGUGUGUGUGAGGGUGUGUGUUCAGGCCUCCUGCCGUCGCCCGCUCUUCCCGGACAGGCAUGGCGGGGGUCCGAGAGCGCGGCUCCCGCAUCCAGAGGCCGUGGUCAGUGUACCGGGCCAGCACAUUCGAGCUGUCCAGCGAGAUGAUCGGCUUGGCUCUCGCAGGAAACAGUCAGGACCCAGAUGAGCCUGUGCUUGAGUUCAGUGUGGCCUGCACAGACCUGCUGACUCCUGCUUUGGAUCGAAAACCCAACAGCUUUGUAGCAGUGAGCUGCACGACACCACCACAGGCCUUCUGGACCAAACACGCCCAGACCGAAGUCAUAGAGGGCACCAGUAACCCCAUCUUCCUCAGCAGCAUCGCCUUCUUCCAGGACUCCAACAUCAACCACCAGACGCAGGUGAAGCUGGCCGUCUACGAUGUCAAAGACCGCUCGCAGGGCACGAUGUAUAUGUUGGGCUCAGCACUUUUUCCUGUGAAGGAGUUGUUGCAGGAGACGAGCCACAGGUUACAGCUCGAACUGAGAUCAGCAGAGAACGAGCGGGUGGGGAACAUCAACAUAGCGGCCUGGCAGCUGGAGGAGAGAGCCGAUCAGAGGAUGUCGGUCGGCCGACUGCCGGACAGCAUCAAUGGACGGACGGUGCUGACCGUCGACGAGAGCCUCACUGAGUCGAUGGGAGUCCGGAUCAAGUACGCCUCGCUAUGCAAAGACACCCUGCUGCGCUCAGUGUUUGGAGGCACGAUGUCCAGGAUGUACCGCUUCCCCACGACGGAUGGGAACCACCUACGGGUGCUGGAGCAAAUGGCUGAGAGCGUCCUCUCGUUAAACAUCCCCAGACAGUUCGUCAAACUGCUACUGGAGGAGGACGCAGCAAGGGUGUGUGAGCUAGAGGAGCUGGGAGAGUUAUCUCCCUGCUGGGAGAAUCUGAGGCGACAGAUUGUCUCUCAGUACCAGACCAUAAUACUCGCUUACCAGGAAACGCUGUCUGACCUUAACAACUACAGAGGUCCAUCGUUUAAAGCCAGUAACCUGAAGGCAGAGAGGAAGCUUGAGUUCAUGCCAACCAACCUACACGUUCAGAGGAUGAGGGUGCAGGACGAGCUGGGCUUCGAACACACGUACGAUGUGGUAACAAUCGGAGCUCCGGCGGCUCACUGCCAGGGCUUUAAAAACAGCGGUUUGAGGAAACUCAUCCAGAAGUUUGAGGAGGCAAAGAAAAACGUAUAUGAGGAGGAAUGCAGCGCCCUCUCCAGCUCGCAGUCCAUCGUCUACAUACCGCAGGACGUCGUCCGAGCCAAAGAGAUCAUUGCCCACAUCAACACGCUGAAGACUCAGGUCAGCUACUAUGCUGAGAGGCUUUCCCGGGCCGCCAAGGAUCGAUCUGCCAGCGGACUAGAGAGGACGCUCGCUAUUCUGGCUGAUAAGACUCGUCAGCUUGUGACGGUAUGCGACUGUAAGCUGCUGGCUUCAGCCAUUCAGGCCCUGAACGCAGCACGGCCUGAGUACAUCGCCUCCAAAGCAUCACCUUCCGCCGACUCAGAACAAGUAGUGCUGCGUAACGACCAGGACACGCUGCUCGCCAAGUGGAGCGGUCGCAACAGCCGAUCCUCACUGCACGUAGACUGGCAUGAAGAGGAGUGGGAGAAGGUUUGGGUGAAUGUGGAUAAAUCUCUGGAGUGCAUCAUCCAGCGUGUUGACAAGCUGCUUCAGAAGGAGAGGAGGCCCAGCGUCAGCAGUCAGGACAGUACCCAGACUGACCUGCAGGCCGGCGCCAGUAAGAAAGAUGAAGGAAAAAGACAAGCUUUCUGGAUCAACCCAGGAAGUGUAUCACAGGAAUUUCCAUCAUUACCAUCAUCAUCAUCAUCAUCAUCACCACCACCACCAUCCUCUUCCUCUCUGCCUGCCCUCUCCUCUGCACAAGAAUCCUAUGGAAGCCCCAGUGCUGAAGAGGCGUACCCAGGCGAGUGGAGCGAGGCGCUGUACCCUCUCCUCACCACACUCACAGAGUGCGUCGCCAUGAUGAGCGACAAGGCCAAGAAGUCCAUGGUGUUCCUGCUGAUGCAGGACAGCGCCCCGACGAUAGCCAUGGACCUGUCGCUGCAGUACCGCCGCGACGUCGUUUUCUGCCAGACGCUCACCGCUCUCAUCUGCGGCUUCAUCAUCAAGCUGAGGAACUGUCUCCGUGACAACGGAUUCCUCCGACAGCUCUACACCAUUGGCCUGCUGGCUCAGUUUGAGUCCCUGCUCAGCACCUACGGAGAGGAGCUCGCCAUGUUGGAGGACAUGAGCGUUGGCAUCAUGGAUCUUCGCAAUGUCACCUUCAAGGUAACCCAGGCCACCGGCAGCUCGGCCCCCGACAUGCUGCCGAUCAUCACGGGGAACCGAGACGGCUUCAACGUCCGCAUCCCGCUGCCGGGAACCAUGUUUGACGCGUUACCGCGGGAGAUCCAGAGCGGCAUGCUGCUGAGGGUCCAGCCGGUUCACUUCAACGUCGGCAUCAACGAACAGCAGACGCUGGCUGAGAAGUUUGGAGACACGUCCCUGCAGGAGAUUAUUAACUUGGAGAGUCUCUCCAGGCUAAAUUCAUACUACGAACAGUUCAAAGAAGUCCUGCCUGAGGACUGCCUCCCGAGGUCUCGUUCCCAGACGUGUCUCCCUGAGCUGCUGAGGUUUCUGGGGCAGAACGUCCACGCCAGGAAAAACAAGAAUGUGGACAUCCUCUGGCAGGCAGCCGAGAUCUGCCGCCGGCUGAACGGGGUUCGUUUCACCAGCUGCAAAAGCGCCAAAGAUCGCACAGCCAUGUCGGUGACCCUGGAGCAGUGCCUGAUCCUGCAGCACGAGCACGGCAUGGCGCCACAGGUCUUCACGCAGGCCCUCGACUGUAUGCGCAGAAUUGGGACGAGGGAGGGGGUGAUCCAGAAGAACCUGGCCGGCUUGCUGCCGGUCCGUGACUUCCGGCUGGACCCCAGCCUCCUCUACUCGCUGCCCCUCCUGGCCCUCAGCCCCAACCUCCUGGUGGUGUGGAUCUUCCUCAGCGUGGCCUACUUCCUCGCCAAACUCCGCUGCAGCUGAGCUGCUCUCUGCUGCGAGUGACUGAAUACGUAGUCCAGCGUUCAUGAGGAGGAGUGGGAAUACUCCACGCUGACUCCUGAGGGUGUUUCUCAAACUGAGCCACUGUCCUGUGAGCGUGUACAUGUACACACUGUCCCACUCCGACUAAGGCAGCAAAACCCCACCUCUUAUAUUUGUUUUGUUUAUGGACACUUCCUGUUUUUUCCUUUUUCGAGCUUUAAAAAGCUGCAGAUGGUUGGCAAGCCUGGAAAAAUAUCAACACAGAUAAUUAUGAUUUACUUUUUGAGGCACUUGAUGUCCACACUAAGCCUGCUGAAUCUGAAAACACAGAUUUUGUACGUGUGAUCCAAACCGGUAUCACGCCAAUGCGUGUAAUAGACCCGCCAGUCCACCAGAGGACAGCGUGUCAUUGUCACUUUUUGCUUCGCCGUGGUGUGAAUAUUACACGCGUGUAUGAAGGUGCAGUAGCCUACCAGCAGGGGGGCAACAAAACCACUUAGUUAAGUUUAGGAAAAAUAUCAUGGUUGGGCUUAAAAUAGUACGUUAAUUGAGUAACAUACAUAAUCUCCUUAUGGAAUCAUACAGACUACAUGGCGUGAAAAUGACACACCAAAAGCAAGAACGGCGUUCUUAUUAAACGCUUUUGCCUUGCGCAUUAUUGUGUCAUUCACACGCCUUUUCGUGCGACUUGGGUGUGUGAUCCACGCUAGUGUUUUCAGGAUAAUAUCCGCCUAAAUGAUACAGGAAAUUAAGAUGGCGGACAGUUUGGUUGCUGGAUAAACGCCCAUUAUUUCUCUCUCCUGCCCUCUGUGAUCCCCAUCGUCACACUGGGUGUGUUUUAAUACACAAUUUAGUUGUUCUUAUUUACAUAUUUUUCUAUUCCUGUUGUCAGAUAAUUGAACAAGCAUAAAACCGUUUGGUAAUUCCUGUCAAAUCGCAAAGUAAUCUGACAAAAUAUAUCUUAAUGACAGCACCUGUAGGGUGCCAUUGGCUGUAUUGACGUUUAAAAUGAGUGACCAGGCAGAGGGGUAAAAGGGGACUCCAGCCUUGAUUGAGCUGCACCCAGACUAGAGCGUCAUUUUCCAAAAGCUCCAUAAGAUUUUACCCACUUUCGAGACCAUUUUAGGUCUAUUUUGGGUGAGAAAAACAGCUUAAUAUUUCCCAGACUUAACUAAAAUAAAAGGUUGGCGUCUUCAGAUUCAUCCACUCUGGAGACGGUUCUUAAAAAGCUGGACAAAACACAUUCAGCCGGCUUAGUGUGAAUACAGUCAGUCAUAGCUAUUAAACAGCUGUAUUGCAUCUGUUGAACACAAUCAAAAUCAUACAAGUACAAGUGGUUUAUUAUAUUUAGGAUUUAGAAGAUGUGGUGCAUUCACAUCUAAAUCUCACUGGUACAUUUGUAGUGGAUAGCGCCCUCUAAUGGACAGAUUUAUGAUCUGUCAGUGCUCUGCCUUAUUCUUCAUUCACACUCAAAAAUAGACAGAAAACACAAAGUGACGGUUUGUAUAUUUGUGUAACAUAAACAGAAAUUACAGCUGAGUAGUGAAUAUGUAUAAAAAUACGCAGAUUAUAUAUAAAUCUCGCUUUCAGGAAAGAGUUCUUGUUGAUAGCAGCUAUCAUAAUCAUCAUAGCUUGUUUGAUUUAUCAUCGUCUUCCAUGCACUUUCCAAGCUAAAGCGGAGGAAACAAAAGCUUUUAUUUGGUGCCAAAAUUAAGUAAGCUUACUUUGGCUUAUACAUAUUUAUUUUUUCAGGCAGUAUUUGCUUGUUUUCUUUCUUUAGGUCUUCCUGCUUUUCUAGACCGUAGCUUCUACUUCAGCCUGUGCACUUUCCAGCAGAACUGGGUCAGUUAUGACUCGGUUUACAUGCAGCUUCCAAACUCAAGCCUUUUAUUUGGUUAAAAAGUGAAUCAAUCUAUUCAAUUAAAUGGUUGUUUACCUAUAUAUCAGAAUAGCGGAUCAACUGAGGACUAAAAUGUGUGAAAACUCCAAG